CCGUCCCCUAUAGGUCUGCCAGAUACUCCUGCUGGUGACCAAGGUGAUGUAUAUUCUGAAUUUAAGGAACAGCUCACGAGAACGUCGGAGGGAUGGUAUGAGACGGCUCUUCCUUGGAAGGGGAAUCAUCCUGAGUUACCAAACAAUUAUGAUGGAAGCAUACGUCGCUUGAAUUCAUUAACCCGCAAGUUGCGUCGAUCCAAUAUGUUACAAGACUACGACCGCAUCAUUCGAGACCAGUUAGCAAAUACAAUU